AUGAGCUUCCGGACUCCCGUGUUCACCACCGUGGACGUCGUGAUGCGCGCGCAGGACGCGCUGGCCGGCUGCCCGCACGUGGCCGAGAUGGUGAGCGAGUACUUGGACUCCUCGCACAAGUGGACAAUCGAGCGCGCCGCCUGCGCCGGGUACUUGACGCUGCUGGACCGACUGGGCGCCAAGGAGGCGCCGAUCUCGCCCAGAGAGCUGGACUGGGCGCUGAGGACCGCGGCCGACAGCGGCGACUUGCGCGUCGUCAAGUGGCUGACCGCCUACCAACCAGACAUGGAGUGCUCCACGCGCGUCAUGGACUCGGCAGCUCUGCGCGGCCACCUCAACAUCAUCAAGUGGCUCCACCAUUACCGCGACGAAGGCUGCACCACGGCCGCCAUGGACAGCGCCGCGGCCUACGGACGGCUGGAGGUGGUGCAAUGGCUCCACGAGAACCGCUCCGAGGGCUGCACGACUGCCGCGAUGGACAGCGCGGCUGCCGGUGGACACCUCAAGACCGUGCAGUGGCUCGCAGCGAACCGCAAAGAGGGCUGCACCAGCGUAGCCUCGCACUUUGCGCUGCUCAACGGCCACAUGCACAUCCUGCGCUGGCUGAACGAGCAGAACGUCGAGGUGCAAGACGCCGCCGGCCAGCCGCGGUCGCCCAGUACUCGCUGGGGGCGGAGAGAGCGACGACUAAGCGCCACGCUGCUGGAAGUUCCCCGGCACCGCCCACGGCGGAUGAGCACGGGCCUCUCGUGCCGGAACUGA